AUCCUCACAGAACACUGUCAUGUCAAUUUCCCAGGAGGAGGGCCCGAGGCAUUUUCCUAGGCAACAGCAUACCACCCUGUUCCGAUACCCAUCAGAUUUCCCCACCUGGCCCAGGCCUACUUAUCCUGGUUUUCUCAAAUUUUGAGCGCAACAGUAACUCGUAACCCAUGAGUUUCGCCUUGGCGCGCUUCAUCUUCCACACCGGGGGGGUUUUCUCACAAGCGGCAAGUACCACCAGAAACUAUGGCUCUCUCCUUUUAACCCCAAGGAAAAGAAAAUUUACAACAACUGUCAUACCCGUAGCUCAUAAGUCAGAUGAAGAGCUGUUGGUGGUAGUUGGGGGUGGAGCAGCUGGGGUUUUUGGGGCAAUUAGAGCAAAGACCCUUGCGCCUAAUCUGAAAGUGGUGGUUAUUGAGAAAGGAAAACCUCUGUCAAAGGUGAAAAUAUCUGGCGGUGGCCGGUGCAAUGUCACAAAUGGGCAUUGUGCUGACAAUUUGAUUCUGGCAGAACAUUAUCCAAGGGGUCAUAAAGAACUGAGAGGAUCUUUCUUCAACAUGCAUGGCCCAGCGGAUACCAUGUCCUGGUUCUCUGAUCAUGGGGUGGAACUUAAGAUUGAGGACGAUGGAAGGGUAUUUCCUGUCAGUAACAGUUCUUCUUCAAUAAUUGAUUGUCUCAUGUCUGAAGCAACGAAGUUAGGAGUUUCUCUGCAGACUGGAAAAGUUGUGACAACUGCUUCUGCUACUGGUGGUGGAAAAUUCAUCAUCAAGAUUGAGAAGCGGACAAUCAAUUAUGUCGAACAUGUUGAUGCUGAUUAUCUAUUGAUUGCUAGUGGAAGUAGUCCGCAGGGUUACAGUCUUGCAGCUCAGCUUGGUCAUUCUACUGUAGAUCCAGUGCCAAGUUUAUUUACUUUCAAGAUUGAGGAUCCUCUGUUGGCAGAGUUGUCAGGGGUGACAAUCCCUAAAGUUAAAGCGAAACUGAAAUUAGAAAAUGUCCAAAGGAACAUACCGCAGCUAACACAGGUUGGGCCGUUGUUAGUCACACAUUGGGGACUCAGUGGGCCUGUAAUUCUUAGGCUAUCUGCUUGGGGGGCCCGUGAUCUGUUCAGUUUAGGUUACAAAGGGAAACUUAUAGUGGAUUUUUCACCUGAUUGGCAUAUAGAAGAUGUGAAGUCCAUCCUUAGUAAACACAAGAAUCGGUUUGCGAAGCAAAAAGUGCUCAAUUCAUGUCCUUCAGAAUUUGGCCUUGUCAAGAGAUUUUGGAAAUAUAUAUUGGAUCGUGAGGGUUUAUUUGGAGAUAUGUUGUGGGCUUCCAUUUCUAAUAACUUAUUAAUUUCUGUUGCUUCUCUGUUAAAGAAUUGUACUUUCACAGUGACAGGGAAGGGUCAAUUUAAGGAUGAAUUUGUCACUGCUGGAGGUGUGCCGCUUUCUGAGAUAUCGCUGAAUACAAUGGAAAGCAAAAUACAUUCAAAUCUAUACUUUGCAGGAGAGGUACUGAAUGUUGAUGGUGUAACUGGCGGUUAUAAUUUCCAGAAUGCUUGGUCUGGUGGAUACAUUGCGGGAACAAAUAUUGGUAAAUCAGCACUUGGUGCUUAUCUUCAGGAGGGGGUUCUAUGACAAACAUUUGGCCAUGCCUGCUGAGCCAUUAAUUGGUUAGCUUCCACACAGAUAGAGCAUGUUCAAUUGUUCUGAUCAAAAGAGUUUUCUUCAAUUUUGAUUUUGAUUCUCAUUAACAACUUAAUUACGUUUUUCUCAACAAUCUAGUUUGUUAUCCGCAGAGAGAUGAAUGAAUGCGCGGUGAAAUAUUUUGAGGUU